AUGCACCUCAUGUACUACCUCGGCGAGGACGGCAAGCGCGUCUACACGCUCAAGAAGGAGACCCCGGCCGGCGCCCCCACGUGCUCGGCGCACCCGGCGCGCUUCUCGCCCGACGACAAGUUCUCCAAGGAGCGCAUCACCACCAAGAAGCGCUUCGGCCUGCUGCCCACGCAGUCGCCCGACCCGAUCUUCCAGUAA